AUGAAAACAAAGAUAGUGUCUUUAUUUCUUAAAAGAGAACAUCUAAUAUUACUAUCAAAAAUGCUACAAUUAACAGAAAAUACAAAUGAAUAGGACAUAUAAAUAUAAAAAAUUGAUUCACAGAACCAAAAAUCUGAAAAUAGAAUUCUAAAAACAGAAAGAUGGCCAUAAUAAGAUUUAGACUACUUUCAGAAUAGUUUUCUAUAAAUAGCAAAUUUAACAUUUUCUUUUUUCAAAUUUCACUUCCCAGCAAAUUCAGCUUUAUAAAUAAAAGAACAUAUAAAAUUUAUUCAUGUUGUCAAGCAAAUCAAUUUUGGAGGAGUGACAAUAGAGGAAGUAUUUAAAUAAUAAAGAGUAAACUAUUAUUUUAUAAAGUAGACUCGUCUUAAUAUAGAAGUAGCCAAAAUUACUAAAUCUAUAAAACUUAUAGAUGAACCAAUAAUGCCAAAACUUAUGAAUUCCAAAAUAGAUCUAGCCUACAUUUAAACUAUUUAAGAUAAAUAUUUCUUUCCUAAAAACAAUGAUUUUAUUGCACCAUACUUAAUUCUUAAUUUAAAACCCCACAUUCCAAAAACAACUAUUAGAUAUUAAAAUAAAGAACUUUAAUAAAGUAUUACAAGUUUAGAAGACAUACCUCCAUUUUAAUUUAUGAAUUCAAAUCUUAUCUAACCAAUACUUAAUUAUGAAUCUUUAAAAAAUGGUUUUGAUUAUAAAUUCAAUAAACUUAUGUAAAGGAAUUAAUUAGUUUAAUGUACAAUUAAAAGAUAUUCAAAUAAAAUUAAAUAAUAUGAAAUCAAAUCUGAAGAUGCAAAUAUUGAAGAUUCCCUUUAAGAAAUAAAAAAAUUAUUUUAUGCUUAAAUCAAAUAAUUAUGUGAUAAUAAAAUAACAUCAACUUUAAUUGAUUCUAAUCUUAAGUUUAUACAACCCUAAAAUAUUGAAGAAUCUUCUUGUAAAUUUACACCUAUUUAGACAAUUAAAGAUUUUGAGUCUCUUCUAUUCAAUCAAAUUACAGAAUAAUAAGAAUCUUAAGAUAUUAUUCAUCAUCAUAAUUUUAAUGAAUAAUAAUGCAUUAGAUUACACUAAGAUUUCAUAUAAACUCCUAAUUUAUUAUCUAUAAACAAAUCAUAAAAAUUUCUUUAAGACUCUGCUAUCAAAUAAGUAGAGACAUAAAAGAAUUUGCAAUUAUCUGAAAAUGAAUCUACUAUUAAAUUAGAAACAAGAUUAAUCAAACCAUCUUUGAAAUCAUUAGAUCUAAAAUAAUUUGAAUUAUUAAACUAAAGCACUAGUAGGCAUUAAAGAAAAAUGUACAAUUAAAAAAUUCAUGAACAAAAUGAUAAGUCUUAAUCAAAUCAUAAAUUUUUUAAUAUUCCCCUUUAAACUAUAGAACCUCCUGCUUCAUAAACUGAAUAAUAAAAUAUAGACAUUUAAAAAUCCAUUUUCACAAACAGAAAUCUUUAAUAAAAAUCCUUGGAUAGAAUAACUUUAAAACCAAUAGCCUAUUAAACAGUAAGAAUGAAAGAAAUUAGAGAUUCUAAUAAAAAUAAAAAAGAGGCUUCUUUUCCAUAUAUCAAAGAGUCACUUCCUAUUAUUGGUUUAAGUGUGAAUGAUACUGAACAAUAAAAAUUGAAAGAAUGUGAGUCUAAAUUUUCUUUAUAAGGUAGCUUAUCAAAGCGUGUAUAAACAAAUGAAAAAGAAGAGAACUCAGUAAAAGAGAUAUUAUUAUUCUAAAAAAAAAAUUGUAAUUUAAAAAAUUAAUUGUAACAUUAAUUGAUCUUGCUUACUAGAUCUGAGUAGAUACUAACUACUUUAAUGUCAAAUGGAUAAAUUAGAGGAACAGAACUCUAUUAAUAAUUAUUGUAGCCUAUUAAAAUUAAUUCUAGUGCUAAAUUCUUAACUCCAAAAAGUAAUAAUUUAAUGUCAAGAUCAAAAUUUAAAAAAAUAUAACAAGAAAGCAAAAUGUUCAGCCUUAAAUGA